AUGUCUUCGUCUCAAGAACAAUCAAAUAGUUCUAAUAAUGAUCAAACACAAAAUAUAAAUCCUAAUCCUCCAGGACCUUCUUCUAAUAUUCUAUACAGCGACUAUGAAGUUGAUCCAUCAAUAGCUUCAAACAAUUCUUCAAAUCUCAAUGAUCAAUCAUCUUCUAUGUCUAGUGGUCUUCCUAAUGAUUCAACAGGACAAAUACAUUCUAAUGAUUUUAUGAAUCCAUCAUACACUGAUGAACAAUAUCAAGGUGAUGUUAUUGAUAAUGCUGAUGAUGAUGAUAUUCCAGAUGAACUUGAAUAUGAACUUGAAGCAACAGUAGAAAGAAUGACAGAGGAAGAAUUAAAUGAUAAUGAUGAAGAUGAAACUAUCUAUUCCGAUGCUAUACAAAAUGCAUUUGUUCGAUAUGAAAAUGAGUAUUCACAACAUUGGAAUCAGAAUAGUCCGAUAUGGAAUAAUUUUUCCAAAGAAGAGCAAGAUGAAAUGUUUGAACAAAUGCGUGAAUGUAUGCAUUAUAUGGAACAAGAAUAUUCUACUGCUGAAAUGCCAAAUAAUCUGAUUGAAAGCUCACAACAAACUAAAUUAAAUCCUGAAGCAGCUGAAUUCCGACCAUUAAAUUCACAACCAUCAACAUCAACAGAUAAAGAAAGAAUUGUUGUUCUAUCAUGGGUACCAUGUGAAGCUAAAAAGCAAGACGAACAAAAGGACUUUUAA